CUGCAGUACAAAUUCAAAAUGGCCGUCCCCAACAAAAAAGCAAAAUUUCUGUACAGUGAAGAAGCGUCCGAGAAAAGUUCAAUAUACGGUGUGUAGUUUCUAAUAUUUUUGCUUUCUUAAUUAAAUAAGAGAACUCAUUUACAAAAAACAGUGAAAUCUGCAUAAGCUCAUUUUAGUGUAAAAAAUAUUGAAAAAUGAGUGUAUAAAAACGAUCUAAAUAAAAGAUUGAUUAUUGAGAAUGAGUGGUGAGCAAAUUUUCUAGGCGAAAAUUUUCGUUUCAAUUAUAUUUGUGUGGAGCAAAGGAAGGAACGAAGUGUGUUCGAGAAAACUAAGGUCUGCAGUAAAAAGGAAAAGAAAAAAGUGAAAGCAGACAAGAGAACGUAACGUGCACUGAAAAGUUAUAUGCAAAAAUUGUGAAGUGGGCAAGCAAAGAAACAAAAAGUUUUUGGCGAAGUUUUUUUUUCUACUGAAACUACACAAGAAAAAAUGUUAGUACACGCGUAUAAUCACAGAAACAGCUGCAGCUGAACAGCCUACUCUUAAAUUAAAUUGGACUUAUGCAAAGCGUAGUGAAGAUUGUAUAGAGUGGGUAUCUGAACGCGUAAUUAAUUUUUCCUCCUUGUAAACUCACAUCAUACAAUAAUUAUUUGUGUCCCACUCCAACUUUUGCCUAAUAUUAACGGACAUGGAGUUCGAGGAGCUAGAAGGCAUCGCAAAAACGGACUUUGUUCCGCUCAUGCCGCUUAUAAAACAAGAACAAAUGGAUACGGCAAUGCCCGAGACAGCAGCACCGGAACAACUCGCCGGCAUCGGCAAUGCUGCUACAGCGACUACGUCCUCAUUUUCAGCUUCGUCAUUUGGGAAUCCCUGCGAUAGUGCCGAGAAGCGGUCGGAAUCCACAUCAUCAGCUUCCACUAAAUUCGCUCUUCUUAAAUGCGUGUGGUGCAACCAACUGCUGGGCAUCAAUGAUCGUCCCAAGCUAUUGGAAUGUCUACAUGUCUCCUGCUCACAAUGUGUAAAUACGAAAUUUUCUGAAUUAGAUCGUACUAUGCCGCCUCUCAUACAUUGCCCUGUUUGUAAUAUGGCCUCACAGAAUGAGUUUAUCAUCGAUAAUCAAUUUCUGAUCGAACAAUGCACAGCCGCCGGUGAUAACAGUUUGACUGAGGGUGGCUCCACAGAUGCAUCCAAAACGACCGUUACGGCUAAUAUAACUUGCAGUAGUUGCUCUGAUAAUGCCAUAGCGACGUCAUGGUGUGUAGAUUGUUCCGAAUAUAUUUGUGACAGUUGCGUGCAGGCGCAUCAACGUCUCAAGAUCACCAAGGAUCACACAAUUAAGCCAAAAGAAGAAGCCAAUAAUGAACAAUUACCAGGCGCUGCUGGUGUCGAUAAAUUGCAUAUGUGUCAUCUGCAUCCGCAAGAGAAAUUGUCGCUAUUUUGUGAGACUUGCGACAAGUUGACAUGCCGUGAUUGUCAACUCAGCGAUCAUCGUGAUCACAAAUAUAAGUUUGCGCACGAAAUUGCCACUGAAACGCGGCAAGCGUUAAAAACGCUCGUCUCAGAAAUCAACUAUAAGCGCUUCCUACUCUCGUCCGCCACAAAAGUGAUUGAUGACCGACAAAAACAAAUUGCCGAUCGUAAAAAGGAUCUCAUUAAAGAGAUCACAGCAAUGGUAGUAAAAAUCACAAACACAGUAAAUAUGCGUGGCAAACAAUUGGCCAUGCGUCUAAAUGAGGUGUGCGAUACCAAAAUGAAAGUGUUAAUCGAAAAAAAGGACGCAUUGCAGUUGCUGUCCGACAACACUGACCAUUGCAUUGAAUUUAUGGAGAAUGCCAUGGAGAAGGGCAGCGACUAUGCAAUUCUGUCUAGCAAGAAAUCAUUGGUACGACAUUUGCAGAAGCUGAAAUGUCAACGUGCAGACAUACCGAAUCCAGAAAUUCCAGUGCGGAUUCAAGUACAGUUGAAUCAAGUAUCCGAACUGCAGAAAGUUAUUUCUCAGCUCGGCACUGUUAUUGUGGAUGGUAAACCUUAUCCGCCAACGCCAUCUCCAAAUGGCCCGCCACGCCAACAACCAAGUCCCAACAUGGCACCACCGCUGCGGCCAGGUCUACCACCUGGCAUGCCCGCCGGCAUGUCUCCUACUGGUCCACCAAGCGGAUAUGGACCUCAGAAUGGGCCACCGAUCUACAACAACAGCUCUUCGGCACAGCAACAAUUUAACAACAUGCAAAUGAACCGCAACUAUGCUGCCGAGGGCGCAGGUAAGGUUCGUUUUGGUGCCAUGCCACCGGUGGGAAUGCAACGCCAAGGUCAACCACAUGUUAGUUCCUCAACACACCCUCAGAAUAUGGAUAUGAGCUUACGUGGCCUAUUGAAUAAUCAAGCAGCGCAGAGUCCUAAUCAAGCACAUAUAUCCUUCAAUGGGCCACCCAAUUAUCCCGGAGGUCCGCAAGGCGCCGCUUCUCCACACCAACAAAUGGGCACCCAAAUGAGGCCGCAUUUUAUGGGCGGUCCUCCAGGCCAACAACAUCAGAAUUACCCGCAGAAUGCGCCUGGUGGACCGAAUAACCCGAACUUUAUAAACAAUACUGCUCGUUUCCAGAAUUACCAACGCAUGUCGAGUCACGCGCAACAGCAGGCCGCAGUAGCAGCAAUGUCAAGCGGGGGCGGACCUGGUGGCCCGUGCGGCAGUCAAAUACCAUCACCAAACGCCAUGCAGCGCCCGCAAAUUAUACCCAAUCCUAUGCAGAAUAACCUGGGGUUUCAUGGGAGCCAGCCUGGCUUCAGUCCCGGUCCCCCACAGACUUCGCCACAAAUGAAUAGCAGCUUAAGCAGCAUGCAUAGCAUGGCCAAGUGGCACAUACCUCAGUCGGCGCAGCAGACAAAUGCUUGUCCCCAACAAGGUCCGCUUAUGCAAUUUGCGAAUGGCCGUCAAACGGAAAACUUUAAGAUUUCCCUAAAGUCUCCUAAUACACUGAAGAAUACUACACCUCCAAAUGGCAGCUCGUCGGCGCACAGUAUGCAAGGCAAUAGUGCUGCUAGCUUGCAUGCUGCUUCGCUUGGGCUCGGACCAGCUGUCUCCAUACUACCCAAUGUUACAUCAACGAAUCCAAAGACACCGAGCCCGAGCACUAACGAGAACGCAAAAGAUUUUACCGAACCGAUUGACAAGGUUCGUGACGAUUCUAUAAACGAUCUGAUGGCCACAAUUGCCAAAUUGGACUCCAAUGGGGUGCAAGUGUUGCCAGAGGGCCGCACCAAGACAACGUCGCCACAAGUCCACAGCUCAACCGACCUAUCCAAUACUCAAGAAGUUAAUACUAAAAAUGAUCAAAAAGACGACCCGAACGAAGAUUGGUGUGCCGUUUGCCUUGACGGUGGAGAGCUCAUGUGCUGCGACAAGUGUCCGAAGGUGUUUCAUCAGAAUUGUCAUAUACCUGCCAUCAGUUCAUUGCCAGACGAGAGCGAAAGUUGGCAGUGCCUAUUAUGCGUGAAUCUCAAAGAGCUGGCUAACAAUGCGGAUAACAUACAGAAGGUGCCCGGCGAGCUGAGCCGGCUAGAAUUGCAGGUCAUGCAAAGGAUUUGUCUCGAGCUGUACUGCCAGUAUGAGCAGAGUCUACAUUUCCGCGAACCAGAACCACCUUCCAAUACUGCAUAUUAUGAGAUUAUUUGCAACCCCAUGUCUUUGGAUGUUAUACGUACAAGAUUGGAUCCUUCCAGCCCAAAUCAUUACAAGGAUAUCGCUGGCUUUGUAUCGGACGUGCGUCUAAUAUUUAAAAAUACUUAUCUCUUCUAUCAAGAGGAUUCAAAAACAUUCACAAAUGCUAAGUAUUUGGAGAACUUUUUCGAAGAACAAUUGACCAAAUGGCUGCCAAACUUCGCCAACAAGUCCAACAGUAUUGCAAAUACUAAUAUCAACAAUCUUACAAAUACCAGCAAUAAUAGUGCUUCCACGUCGACAGCAGCAUCCCCAGGUCUCAUGAAUCUAGCAACUGGUGCUGUAGGCUCGCCGGGUAGCAUUGCGUCGAUGGAGAAUGGCAGGAAGAGUUGCAGCGCAGCAUUAAGUGGUGACGAUGACUCAUGCAAUCCGCCGAAAAGAUCACGUAAACUAACCGAAUAGGACAAAUUUAAUCAGCUACUUAACACCAUGCUAGCAACAAUCAACAAUGGCAAUGAGAGCGAAGAAGCACUCGCAUUGCUCAGUCUAUGUUGUCCACCACAGACUCAACCGCCGAGCCUACUUUUCUAAUACCCAACCAAUGGGUAAACAAUUUAAUGCAAAAUGACGCAAAAGAGUUAAUAAAUUUUGUUUAUAACAAAAAUUUUAAACAUUUGCAAAUCGUGCGCACUUGCUAGUUACAGAGUUUUAGAUAUACUAUAUACUAUAUAUGUAUAUGUAUAUUUUUUUUUGAAACUCUAACGAAAAGUUUAAUGUGCUCAAUGGUGAAUCUACUCGCAACAACAUUUAAAAUACUGAUUUAAAAGAUUUUAUUGGCAUCGAAUUUAUAAAAGAAAUUACACCGCACGGGUUGGGCGCACCACUGCGAUUUGCUAUACUGUCUUCAAAACCUCAAUUAAAGUAACUUUGAGAAGCUUCCCACACUAUGACAACAAAGAGUAAAUAUUAGAAAAUGAAUGAACACUCCUAUGAAUAUAAGAAUAUAGACAUUAUUUGAAAGACAUCGUUUCGAAAUUAACUAUAUGUUGUAAAGUUCUUUAUUUAGAGUAUUAAAAGGCAAGAAAUAUGAGAUGACUCAUUUUGAACUUACAAAAUAAAAAUAUAGUAGUAGCAUGUAAUCAUUAAACAUAAAAAAAACUAAAAUUAAAAUAAUUGCACUCACUAAAAUUAAACUAAAGCUGCACCAAAAUAAUCUUAAGAGCGCAAAGAACAAAAUAAAAAAAGAAAACGUAUUUUCACUGUAUAGAAAAGAAAAAUUCUCAUUUGUAAAUAAUAUAAUGCAUUAUAUCAUUAAUAAUGAUUUACAAAUCAAAAGUAUAAAAUAUACCAACCAAUAUAUGGACAAGCACAUAUUUCGCUUGGGAUAAAACAACUAUCAAGAAAACAAAAAAAAUAUCACUCCCACUACUAAAAUACAUGCGAAAAUGAAGCAAGCAUAGAAGAAAUAACUGAAA